AGUUGCACUCAUCUGACUUUUGACUUCAAACGUUUAUAUCAUUCAUAAUGGAAUUUACCUUUUCUUUCAAACUUGAAUCAAAACGUGAAAGUUUGUCUGGACAUCGAGUAACAUAAGUUACCAAUUGAAACAGUUUUGAGCCAACUUAGGUCGAUUCAUCAUGUUUCAUGUUUUACGUUUCAUCUAUUGAACACUUAUGUAUAUAGAAUAUCACAGAGUUAUUAGAGCUAUCAAGCUCUGAGCGGUUCUCUAAAACGAACUAUUUCACCCAUCUCUAGUCUAGUUUGACCUUCGCGUAGCGCAACAGUCACAGCAGUAGUUGCAAAUCUGUGAUGAUAUGAGUAAUCAUCUGAAAGGCAAUCAUCAGCUGUGUAUUUUCUCAUCAGAACGGAAAGUUGCUGUCAGUCAGUAAAUUGAAAUUUCGUGUUAAGGUGAAAAUCCUACCGUUGCCAUAAAAUUUUAUCAUUAGUUUUACAAUGUUCUACUGUUCAAGACUGUUGAAAAGAAAAUUACUGCGGCUUAGCGAGUGUGGGUUGCGCUGUGAAUCGGUAAAUGCAUCUAAUCGUGUCAACAUCAAAGUCUGUCAGGGCACCGUUUCUGGUGUACGGAUAAAGCUACCCAACGGAAAUGAUUCGUUCGCCUUCCGAGGGAUUCCAUACGCAAAACCACCCGUCGGGGAUUUGCGAUACAAGGCACCUCAGCCGUUGGAUAAGUUUCCAACACCGUUAUUAGACUGCAGUGUUGAACGAAAUGUGUGCUUUAGUAAAAACAUUUUUACCCAAGAAGUCGAGGGUUCGGAAAAUUGCCUGUUUCUAAAUGUAUACACACCUGAGUUGGAAGGUGAUGGCAAAUUGCGUCCAGUAAUGGUAUUUAUUCAUGGUGGUGGUUUCAUGUAUGGCAGUGGAAAUAGCGACUGUUAUUCACCUGAAUAUCUGUUACAGGAGGGCGUCGUAACAGUAACACUCAACUAUCGUCUCGGACCGCUCGGGUUUCUGUAUCUUCCCAGCCAAGGUAUAGAAGGAAAUGCUGGCCUAAAGGACCAGUUGAUGGCUUUGAAAUGGGUGAACCAGAAUAUAGCUAAAUUUGGCGGAGAUCCUUCCAAUGUAACACUUUUUGGAGAGAGUGCUGGUGCGGCGUCGGUGCAUUUGCAUCUCCUGUCUCCUAAUUCAAGACAGUAUUUCCACAAAGCCAUCUGUCAGAGUGGAUGUAGCAUCAUGGAGUGGGUGAUGCAACUGGAUCCGGAAGAAAAGGCAAGAACGCUGGCCAAAUUGAUUGGAUGUCCUGGCAACAGUGAUGCCGACUUCUACGAGACCCUAAUGACGGCUUCCACUGCGGAUGUUAUUGGGCGAAUGAUGGGAGUGAUGACAGAAGAAGAAAAAAGUCGUGGAUUACCGAUGCCAUUCAAGCCGGUAGUAGAGAGCGCAACGGCAACUGAUGCCAUUGUGACCAGAUCUCCUAUCGAAACAAUGAAAACUCCUAACAGCCUAUCUGACAUUCCAUUAAUGAUAGGACUGAAUAAUCGAGAAGGCACGAUUAUGCUAUUGGAUGCAGUCAAAAAGAUGGAGGUUUAUGACAAAGACAUUGCACGACUUAUUCCUCAAACCGUAAACGCACACACGACAGCUAGACGAGAACUCGGUGUACAAAUAAAAAAGUUCUAUUUCGGAGAUAAGUCCGUUAGCAUGGAUACUCUUCCUCAACUGGCCGAUCUAAUGAGCGACUACUAUUUUGACAUCCUUACAAAUAUUUGUGUGGAAUUACAUGCAAAAUACCAACAACAAUCACCGUUAUAUUAUUACAAUUUUAGCUUCGAUGGCACCAUGAAUAUGUUCAAAAAGUUACUUCAACUCGAUGUUCCGGGAGCAUGUCAUGCCGACGAAUUAGCCUAUCUUUUCCUUUUCCGCAUGGCACCUGUUGAAGUGACUCCAGAUUCUGCUGAGGCCCGCGUUCGCUACUACAUGUGCCGCAUGUGGACCAACUUUGCCAAGUUUGGAAAUCCCACUCCGGUUAAUGAUUCAACGUUACCCUUCCGCUGGAAUCCUGUAGUAAACGUCGAUCCAAUCUCCAAGGAAGCGGUCGAGCUUGACUGUCUAGAUAUAUGUGCGAAUCCAAAGAUGAUUAGGAAUCCGGACAAGCAAAGAAUAGACUUCUGGAGAGGAGUUUAUAAGAGAUACAGCGUGGAUUUCUUGUAACUUUAAAAUUUAAAUAGCAAUUUGAUGUUCCGUAUUCCAAAUAAAUAAAAUGAUCGAUUUUCAAAAAAA